UGCCACUCGAAUCAGGUUUCUGAGAGAGAGAGAAACAGAGACAGAGAAGAGGAGAGAGAGAGAGGCGUUCAUUUCGCAGGGAGAGAGAGAUACGGAGAGGGAAAACAUCGUUGGAGUGUUGAAAGAAGCGGAAGACUUACUACUGGGUCAAAUUUACUGGUUCUUCAUCUCUCCACAUUAAAUAAAAACAAAGUGAGCACUUUGUUCUAAAAAAAGUUGAAGACGCAGUCAUGGCCGGAAUAAGGUUGGGACGCAGAAUACCGCUGUGCACCUUGCUCUUCUGGAUAAUUCAAGUUUGCUGUGGCGCUGUAACUGUGAAGGUGAUGCCGAAGGUGGAGGUGGACGGAGGAACAACAGCCAAACUGCCCUGUACAUAUUCUGGCACAGCCUUGCCAGAUGUUGUUGUUGGUUGGCACAUUGACUAUGAAAAUCAAAGAGUAAGAGUGGCCUACCGAAAAAAUUCUGGCGAGCGAAUGAGCGACACCGGUACUCCUCUGGAUGACCGAGUCACUCUUGAAGAAGACCUCACCUUGACCAUCAAGUCUGUGAAACCCUCUGAUCCAAACAAAUACUACUGCCAGGUCACUGCUGGCAAGGACGGGUCUGGAGAAGGCGAAACUACUCUUGAAGUGUUUAUUGCUCCCCAGAAACCAGAAAUCAAAAAACCGUCUCAGGCCAUCUCAGUGGGAGGACAGAUCAGCUCAGAGGUCGGCACUUGCGAAGCAACCAAUGCAUUCCCCCCUCCAAGGAUCAUUUGGUUCAAAGACAACCAGCCUCUUCCUGAGGUCAAAGACAGAAAGGAAAAGACCUACAUGGUUCUUUCUACGGUGAAGGAGUCUUCGGGUCUUUACACCAUAAAGAACGCACUGUACAUGCUGCCCACAAAGGCCGACAAGGACUCUACACUUCAUUGUACUGUGGAGUACAGCCUGGCAGGAGAGAAGAACAAGAACAUCCAGAAGAAGUCUGAACCCAUGAAAAUUGAACUUCGCUAUCCUUUUGAAAAAAUUAUGUUUAAUCUUUUCAAACCUACUGUGGUCAAAGAGGGUGAUAAUGUCACCCUAAAAUGUGAAACUGAUGGAAACCCACAGCCUCCGUUUGACUUUACAAAAGAUAAAAAACAACUUCCUGGUGCGGACGGUUUUCUGACACUGAUGAAUGUCAAGCGUACGGAUUCGGCAGAAUACACGUGCUCUGCGUUCGACGCAGAAAAUUAUAAGGAGGAGUCAAACACUAUGUUCCUUGAUGUCAACUACAUUGACGAGAUGAGCGUCACUCCUAGUGGGAAUCAGAUUAUCGAUUUGGGAAAGCAGGUUCAGUGGCAGUGUAAGACCAAGGCGUCUAAAAAUCACACUGUCCUAUGGAAAAAGGGCUCCACUGUGCUUUCUCAAGAUGGCAUUCUAUCAAUUGUAAGUGUUGGCUAUAAAGACGCUGGAGAGUACGUGUGUGUUGGCGCUGUUCCAGAAGUCCCGGGACUGACAGCUCAGGCCAUUGUAAAGCUGACGGUGAAAGGAAAGCCAGAGAUUGAGACCCCUGUUGUUGGGGAGGUGGAACAAGAAGGAGCUGAAGUGACCCUGAAGUGUUCGGCCAACGGUUUCCCCAAACCUCAGUUUACAUGGUCAGCCUCAGGAAGGGAGUCUAUCUCAGUGGAAGAUAACAAGGUGGUAAGCUCUCUGACCCUAUUUACCACACCUGAGAUCAUGAAGAGUGGUGUGAAGUGCGAGGUCUCCAACGAAUUUGGAAAGGAUACCAAGGACUUCCCUGUAGCUCUCAAACGAGCAAACACAGCUGAAGUGCUGCUCUCUGGAAACCCUGUGCUUACGUCAGCUGAGACCCAGCGGACAGGCUCCAGCACUGUGGUGGUUGCCGUGGUGGUCUGCGUUCUUCUUCUUCUGCUGCUGGUAGCUUUAUUCUACUGCCUGAGCAAGAAGACCACGAUUUGCGGCAACAAGGAUAAGAAGGAAACGGCUACUGCACAGGUGAACAACAUUGUGGUGGAGAUGAAGACGGAAAAGGCGAAUGAAGAGGCCGGACUCCUCAACAAGAGGAUCAACACAGAACAGUAAUCAACCCAGAUGAUUAAAUAACUGUGAGGGAUGAAGAACAGAAGAUGACAGUUUUGAGGACAGCAGGACUUUUUUGGUUUCUGAUUCAUGAUUGUGAAAGAGAAAACCUGGGUGGUGCUGGGGUUGGGUGCAUGUUCAUAGCUUCAAGGAUCACCAUCAUUAACUUUGGCUGUGCUUGUUUUUCAACCUGGGCGAGAGCAGCUGGGUGGGGAUUUUUACCUUUCUUGCUCAAUAAAAUUGUUAAAAACUCCAUUUAACUCACCGCAUCCAAACAAUUCACACAAUAAUAAAAUGCUUCACUGGAUAACAUGAUUAUUUUUAUUUUUUUGCAAUCAAAUCAUUUCAUUAACCCUUUGUGUCUUGUUCUGUUUUGUGUCUUAAUUCAAUGAUUAAGCAGUAAGCUUUUCUGUUUAGUAAUUUGUGUUUAAUUUGUUUCCUGUCUGCUGGGGAUAUUGGGAAAAACUAUAGUUUCCUUUCACAUGAGGUUAUCCUUCAAGCAAACUGUUUGUUAAAUAUUUGCUUCAGAGCCUGUAUUUGAUUUGCUGGUGUUUUACAUUAUUGUUGCCAGCUGCUUAUGUUUUGCAUAAAUUUCAUUUCAAAAUCCAUAAUUUUAAUAGAAUCAGACCAGGUACUUAAUCACUGUCUUUAGAAUCCCAUAUGGUUUCAAAGUAAGUUUGAAAAAACAUUAAACAAGCCAGCAUUUUAGUUGUAAAUUUUUUUUCAUUUACAUUUAUGUAUAUGAUGUCAGUUUCUGGGAGUUCUUUUUUUUAUUUUUUAUUUUUUUAUAUAUGUUUUGCUAUAAUCCUUCAAUGCAAGUUCAGAGACAGUGUUUAAUUGUUAGAGAACAUGGUGAAAUUGGUUCCUACAGUUGUGUUUGAUGUAUCUUGAAAUCUAGGAAGGACUUCAGUCUCAAAUUAAAUGACUUCUGGUAGCGAGUCGGGAAAAACUGUGGAAUUAGCUUGAGACUAGCAUUAGAUACCAGUUAUUAAAAGUGUUUUGUUUUUUUCUUUCUGUUUUUAUGCAUGUAAACAGAAAUUUGCUCCCAAAUAGUAGCUGCACUGGUUCAAGUUACAAGCUCUCAAAAGUGAAAGUAACCAGUUAUUCCCACAGUUUCAGCUGUGUUUCAUUUAUGAAGGUGAGCUCAAGCUGGCUUGGGAUCUCUGACUCUGAAAUUUCCAAAUUUAAUAAACAUUCAAUUACAUUUUUCACAUGGGGGAACUACAAAUUAUGACAUUAAAAACAACUGUUGGGUUUCAUUUGUUACAAGUGGGAUUUUCAGGAAGUGCAGCGGUUUAGUCAUAACUUCACCUGUUAGAAGAAAAACUAGUUUGGAGCACACAGAGGAGAGAGAAAACAUGACUUGGGGUUGUUUCUGGAAUAUAUGAGGUGUGUCUUUAUUUUUUUAAAUUUUUUACCAGUUUAAAUGUGGCAACAGACACAUCGUAUUGUCAGUGUUCAGGUACGUAAUUGAGACAUUUUUCUUUCACUGUCAGCAGGCCAAAAAAGAUUCCAUAUUUUUUACUUUGUUGUACACUGGAACCAAUGACCUUAAUAGAUUUCCUAAGAAAAGGUCACCUCAAACCACUAUCUGUGGCCUUUUAUUGUUUUUCGAGGUCAGUUGUAAUUAUUCAGCAAAAAUGAGACUUUGAUCGCUGUCCUUACUUUCUUUUUUUUGUUUUUUGCCAUGUUUUAUAUAAUAAUGUUGUUGGUUUUUUAGAGAGGGGAUUCUUAAUUUUGGAACUACUGAGUUUUAUUGUUUCCACACUUUUUCGCUUGCUGAGAAAGCAUAGAAUCGUUUGGGACAUUUUGCAUUACGUUUGAUUUUAUUUUGUCAAAUGAGAUAUUCCCAGUGCUUUACUUCUUUCUCUUUUUAUUGUAUGCUGUAUAUUUUGUGCUACACUGUGAUCAUUGUGGUGUGUUGAUGUAUCAUGUUUUUACUUUUUUUUCCAGCUGUUAAGAAUUUAUAAUGAAAAAAAAAAAAACCUCAAGAAAGCCAAUCACA